CCGUCCGCUCCGGGCCGGGAUGGAGGCGCUGCGCUCGGCGGGCCGGGCCCUGCUGCGGAGCCCCGGCGGGACCCGAGCGCCCUGGGCGGGCGGGCGGCACCAGAAGCUGCCUGAGAACUGGACAGACACGAGGGAGACGCUGCUGGAGGGGAUGCUCUUCAGCCUCAAGUACCUGGGCAUGACCCUGGUGGAGCAGCCCAAGGGAGAGGAGCUCUCUGCAGCUGCUGUCAAGAGGAUCGUGGCCACUGCAAAAGCAAGUGGCAAGAAGCUGCAGAAGGUGACCCUGAAAGUGUCCCCGCGGGGGAUCGUGCUGAGGGACAGCAGCACCAACGAGCUCAUCGAGAACAUCUCCAUCUACAGGAUCUCCUACUGCACAGCAGACAAGAGCCAUGACAAAGUCUUUGCCUACAUUGCCCAGAACCAGCUGAACGAGAGCCUGGAGUGCCACGCCUUCCUGUGCUCCAAGAGGAAAAUGGCUCAGGCUGUCACCCUGACUGUGGCUCAGGCUUUCAGGAUUGCCUUUGAGUUGUGGCAGGCAGCAAAGGAAGAGAAGGAGAAGAGGGAAAGGUCCAUCCUGGCAGCAGGAGGGAGCAGCAGCCCCAGCUCAGCCAGCCCUGCCCCAGCUGCAGCCAGGGGGGCCCUGCUGGAUCUGGGGGGCUCUGCCGGGUCCCCCCGGGGCAGCUCAGAGUCCCCAGAGCUGGAGAGCAGCAGCAGCAGCAGCGAGCCCAGCCCCGGGGGCAGCUGCAGCCUGCACUGGGAAAUGGAUGAUGGUCUGGAUGAGGCAUUCUCCAGGCUGGCCCAGUCCAGGACAAACCCCCAGGUGCUGGACACAGGGCUGACAGCCCAGGACAUGCAGAGUGCAGAGACUCUGUCCCCUGUGGACUGGAACCAGCUGGAGCCCAGCAGGGCAGGGAGGGACGAGCUCUUCAUGUUCUGACAUCCAGGGACCCUGCAGAGGAUUCCUCAGCCCAGUUUAGACCAAAGCUUCCCAAGCCCAACACGGAUUUUUCUACCUUGCUUUUCUCUAAGCCACCAGCUGCUCUUGGAUUUAUUUAUUCACAGUUUACAGAGUUCCUGGAGGUGUGGGGAGCUCCUCCUGGGAGGCAGAGGCAGCUCCCAGUCUCCCAUUCUGGAGCUGGGGGGUUUGCAGCUGCUGCCAGUGUGAGAUCAGAGCUUUGUCCCAGUGGCACUCCCAGCCCCCAGUGGGAACCCAGCUUUUCUAACCCAAAGACUCCAAAGUUUUGCACUUUAAAGCUUGAUCUGAAAGCAGUGGUCUGAGCUGUCAAGGUAAGCAGUGCCUGGAAUUAAUUCUCUUGAGAAGCUUUUAGCCAAAAAGAGCCACUGAGAUCCCAAAGCUCCCUUGGCUUUAAGAGCAGAACCAGCAGGGGGGAGGGUUUGUUCUGCUGGCAGGGGCAGAAAUCCACAUUCCCAGGAUUUGUUCCUGCCUCGGGGGUGGGACUGGAGCAAUUCCUGUCCUGGGGGCUCAGGAAGCUCCAUCCCCCCAGGGCUGAGAGCAGCAGUCAGGUGUGAAGCUCUUGCUAAUUAAAAAAUGAGAUUUAACGAUCCUGGAUGGAUCCCUGACACCUCACAGCGUUUGUGGCCUUAUGUGAAGUGUACUAAUCUGUUUUAUAGAUUUGUAACUUGGGUUGGAAGCACUAAUUCAUUCCCCAGGUAGCUCUUUAGAACUCCUGGCAGGAAGGGGGAAAAAAAUAAAAAAAAAAUCCCUCUCUGUCAGUGUAGGGAUUCAUUGGGAAGCAGCUGAGUGACUCUGACUUAGCUUGGAGGUGUGUGAGUGUGAGGAGGAUUUUUGGAGCUGACUCAUCAGGUAGAACCUGUGCUCAGUUGCACAUUUUGGGAUUGCUGUGCCCUGACCAGCUCAGAUCUCCCCAGGAAACUGGGAUGGACUGGGAGGGUUUCUCUCUCCUUUCUGAAACAACACUAUGUGUGUCUAGAGUGGGGUUUAUUUUUUAAGAAAACCUGAUGCUGUGAUUCUUUAUCCUGUACUGAGGGGAAUUAAAACUCUGCCAUUUGGUUUUUUGGA